GGUUGUUCACAAAACUGCAACUGAGAGAAAGGCAACUAGAAUUAAGAACCGCUGAGAGAAGAGCCACUAGUGUUAAGGACCGCACUGAUUUGGGUGAGGAUGGAAAAUAAUUCUUAAGUUCUAAUUAAUGUAUUAGUGGAUCUAGUUCACGCGUCUUUUCUAAGAAGAGGCGCCCUGCAAAUGUGCAUAGCAGAGUAAUAUUUGCCUAUGAGAGAAAAUGCUUCCCAACUUACGACAGAGAAAAUGGGUCAAAAACACCAACCUCGUAGAGCUGAACAUACUCAUAUUUUUCGAUAUUGUGCUUUUAUCAAUAAUUGUUCUGAUAUAAGUUCAAUUCAUACAUGUACACUGAUCGGCGAACGGCAAAUGCAAUCAGCACGAAUGUAAAUGCAUUCCAUGCAAGUGUAAGUGAUGGCUUUUCAAAAGAUCUAAUCUAUCAAAAGUUCUCAAUUGAUCACCAUUUCCGAGUAGAAUCUCUUUGAUUUCACAUGGAAAGACUACUAAGCAUAUGUGUCAAAACAACAUCAGAAGUGUAUGCAUUGUUUAAGUGCCAACUGAGUAAAGCUAAAACACAGAAAAACUUGAUAAAAUAUAUCACUUCCAGAUUAAAAAAAUUACACAUUUAAGCAAAACAAUUCACUGUCUCUACGAAUAUAGGUUCCUUGAAGGUGAACAUUAUGGUAUUCUUUCUCGCUCACGCGCUGUUAGAUAAACCUCCCUUCUUUAUUCACAUUUUUCACAGUUGCUAUUUGACUCAAGACUACGAAAGACUCGCGAGUCAUGGCACACGUACACUGCCACGGAAAAUGAAGCAGACAAUAACUCCGAGUCGUAACCCAGAUAAUAUUAAUUUCUCUUGAAAUAACUACUUUUUAAUUAUGCAGGCGUCUAUCAGCCUUCGUCGUGCUGUUUUCCUGUUACUUUCAGCUAUGGCUUUGUUUUAUAUAUUUUUAAAAACGUGCGUUUCCUGUCAUGGGUCAAAGGCUGCAGCGAGGUCGCCCAAAGCUUAUCAUUUGAUAAUCUGCAACCAGAUUCAGUGCAGUAUUUUAUGAUGUGCAACCCAGCCUGCUCUCUCAUUUUUUCUCGAAAACAUAAGGAACAGCCAACAAAUGCAACCGUCCAUAGAAGUCUGUAAUAGGAGCAAAAGUAGGAAAAAUGAAAAGUUACUUUAAUUUCGCCUACAAUAUUUUAUUCAUUUUUCAUUUUGUGUUGGGAUUUACUACAAUCUAGUGAUUUUGUAGACUUGGUUCAUUUGUAUAAGUUGUUCUUAAUCAUACGAGGCAUGACUCUGGCGACCGUGCCCUCUUCGCGUUUGCAAUUACGCAGUCGUUUGACCGCCAUGUCUGCAAACAGUGACGUAACUGCUUCAAUAAUCAGAAGCCAUAUUAUCAUGAUUCGUUCUUCUCCUCCGUUGACAAAAGACGUUUGAGAGGGAAGAAGAGAGAAUCCUAGAAUUAAAAUUGAACACCCGUCUCUCAAUUUUUUAGUACAAAGACCUCCUUUCCAACACAUUUCUAUUUUUGUUCCUUACAGAGUAUUAGUCAUGGGUAACAGCGUGGAUUGUUGUUACAACUCGCGCUGGUCCUACCAGUGCAUUUUUCCUUGCAUUCGUUAUUGUACAUACUCAGGACGCCGGGUCUUUUACAACUUUGACGGCACGGAAAAGAUUCAACCACUCGUCUAUAUUUACCAUCCCCAGGACGAGCGCGGUGUUCACUGUUUUCCAGAAGCUCUUUAUGGCAUUGAUGACGACGAUGAUAUAAAAAAUCAAAUGCAAAGCCAUGAUGGUGUGUACACGAACAUUUGUAAGAACUAAAAUGAUAAACUGUGAUUGAGCAAUUGAAAGAGUGGGACCAACUAACUUGAGAACAAUUACAGUAACUGCUGCUUUAAUUACUGACUGAUUAACUUGAAGAACUCACGCUGAAACAUACAUUAUCAUAAUGUAACCUUGGAACAAAUGCUACCUGAUAUAUGGAAUUCCUAAGGGUAAAAAAUUGUAUCGAUUAAUCUGACUUUCUGAUAACACAGGGCUUAAUGGCGCUGGUCAGAUCGCAGCGUUGUGUAAGUAUGCAGCGGACAAUGGCUACACCAUUCGCGCUGUGGGCACAGGUUCCUCUUGGUCUCGUCUCACCCACACUAGAGACAUACUCGUGGUCAUGACAGAUUUGAACAAGAUUCUCGCAGUCGCACCACCGACACCGGAGGAUUCACAGUCGGUGGAUUCAGAAAUGGAAUCAACGGAAACGACAUAUGAAGUCGAAGUGCAAGCCGGGAAACUCGUUGUAGAUUUUGUCAAGGAACUAGACAAGAAACAUAACCUGGCGCUCAAGAUGAUAGGAAACUACGCAGGCCAAACGGUUGGAGGAGUGGCGAGUACUUCCACUCAUGGAUCAGGAUGGUUCAGUGGAACAAUGGUAUGGUUAAUGGAGUGGUGAGAGAUAAUAUAUCAUAUUGUAAUUGGGUGAUCUUGCGGCUACGUACAUUCUCGGCCACCAUACGAAGAAGUAGAUCAAGUCUAUCUCUCUUAAACAAAAUUCAGAUAAUUUCCUCAUGAUCGAAAUGUUUAAGAAGACGGCUGGACGAAAGAGGAUUGACAAUUUUGACUAGAAUUGUAGUUGACCAACUUUCACGACUUACGCUAUAUUAUGUAAGAUCCACAUAUCAAGCUCUCGUAGUGUUCUGGUCACGUGACAUUCCAAAUAUGGUAAUAUACGUUCACAAUGCAAAGAUUGUCGAACUACAUCUUUGAGACAAUUCCACGGCUUCUUAUGGCCAUAAAUUUACCAAUGAUGAUUAUCAAAGUGUUUGUAUGACCAAGGUUUCUCUCCUCAAUUUUUCAAAGGGAAGAGCAUGUCUUAAGUUCAUUGACUAAAUAAUCUUAAUAAUUUAUGUCUCGUUUGCAGUCCACUUUUGUAGUGGGUCUUCACUUAAUCGUACGUGGUGGAAUCCAAGUGAAGGUACGUGGCGGCCCCGAAACCAUUGCGGACUGCGAAGCAAAGAUCGAUAAAGCCAAAUACGGAGAAGACCCGGUCGAGAUUAACAGUGAUGAGGUGUUAAAGGCAUGUCAAGUAGGCUUAGGAUGUAUGGGGGUAAUCUAUUCCAUUACCUACAGCUGUGUUCCUAUGUACAAUCUGGAGGAAAUCAGAAAAAUGGAACAGGUCUCUUGGCCAGAAGCGACGAUGACCGAAGACGAGGAAGGCAACAACGACUGUGACGAUCCGUUAGUGGGUAAGAAGUUGCAAUUGGGAGAGGUUCUUGAAAAGUUUGCUGAAAUGUACAAGACAAAAGAUGCAGAAUAUUUCUCGUUUUUCGUCAAUCCAUACCCACUAGGACCAAGGUAAGGCCUCAGGGCUACUUACUAAAGCAGGAUGAGCUCUUUAAUACGAACGUUAUAUAGCUGGCUGUAUUCGUAGUGGUGCUUGUGGUGAAAGCUAUGGUAACAGUGAUGGCGUUGGAUACGGAGAUGGUGAUGAUAGAAGUUUUUGCUGAGUAUAGAGGUGAUGGCAGUGUUUGUAGUACUAGCACCGGUUGUUCGAAGGUUGAAUAACGCUAUCCACUGAAAAAGUCGCUCUCGGGUAGAUACUGCAGUACCUCUUGUUAACACUUAAACCGGUAUACGCUGGAUAGUAAUUUAUCUGAUAACUGGAACCUAGUGAUUGUGGCAGUGAUAUUUAUGGUGGUGCUGCUGGUAUUAGUGGUAGUAGGGUUGACAGUGGUGUCUGAGUCUUAGUGCUGGUAAUAGUGAUGAUAUAGCGAUGGAGUUAGGGGAUGUGCUGCUGCUGAUAAUAGUAGUUAUGGUGGUAAUACUCUAACUGAUUACAAGGGUAGUGUCAAUGGCAGCAGUGGGAGCCAUGGAGAUGGUUGUCAUGGUGUUGCUUAUGUUGGUGCUGGUGUAAAUGCUGAAUUUAGCGGUAGUGACGGUUUUGGUGCUGAUGCUAAUGCUAGCGGGGGUAGAAGAAAUGUUUAUGGUGGUGAAAGUGCUGGUAACAAUGCUGGUGGUAGGUAUGGUGAUGGUAAUAAUGGUGGUGAUGGUAGAGGCGCUGUGAUGGCGAUGGUGGAAGUCUUAAAAGACUCAGUACAUUUAAUUCCAAUUUAGGUCUCACUUCAUGAUUCCUUUCCCCGUUUAAGGUGGCGUUGAAAGUAAUUAUCUCGUUACCUCCUUGCUCCCUCAGGGAUGACAAGCAUAUCGAAAUGGCUUACUCGAAAGCUUUCAAAACAGAUCUUGGACCAACCUGCUGUGCUUGUUGCUCAUGCUGUUGUAAUUGUUGCGGGGGAAGAGGAAUGGCGGACCUAGGCUGCAUGCAGACAGACUGCAUAUCCUCUUGCCUACAAGGAUGUGCCAAUUGUUGUCCCACUUGUAUUCCACAGCUCACCAACUUCGGUGUGUCACAGUUCUCGUUCGAAAAACCGUAUCGGCAGACAUGGUACAACGUGCUGCAGUACACAAAAGGCAAUAUCCAGUAAGUUAAAAGACUCGCUAUGUGAAACUUUCUAACUAUCAUCUGCACAAACAGCCAAAUGGACCGAUUUUUGUUCCAUUUUUACUAGCCGUGUAAGAAGGUGGUUAAGGCAAACUAAAAUAUCCCACAUGCAUAGCUGUAUUUAGUAAAGCAGGUCAGUAAUACGUAACUUACAAGCUGAUGUGGACCUUCUAUAAUUAUGAAUAAAUAUAAUAUCGAAUUACUUAUCUUAAAAGUCUUCUCGUUUCUUUUGUGAUUUAAGCUAUAGCUCAGCAGAAUGGUGCUUACCGUUGGAACACCUCCAAAGUGCCCUAACCAUGGUGAUAAAACUGGCUCAAGAGUACGCAAAAAAGCAUAAACAGUAUUCCCUGCUACCAAUUUAUGUGAGACUUGCACAUUCUGAUGAUUUGUUCCUGAGCCCUGCAAGCAAGUUUAGACCUGACGGAACCAUCAAUGAUAACAACUGUUACAUUGAGGUGAGAAAAAAAUCCUUUCUAAGAAUUACCAUAAAAUAAGACAUUAUAGUUGGUGUUAAGAAGAAAGUACCGGACUGGCGUGUCGUGCGAUUAGCGCGCGCGCGCUGAGAGACGAUUACUUACGAUUUCUUGCGUGUGUUUUUUUUUUUUUCCAGUUUUAGUUACAUUUUGGAGGAUUUUGUUUUUGACUUUGUUCUUUAAGUCGUUACCGUUUUGCUGUCUUUUUAUCAAUUGAACUUGCCUGCUUUUAAAGGAGAUUUUCGUUAUCGCUUCCGAACAGUAAGGAUUGAGUCUUUACUUCAUGCUUUUUUAUCUCUUUUUUUCCCCCAGGUACCAUUUCUCCCUGGAGCAUACGGCAUUGACGAGUUCCAGGAGAUGUUAGAGAACAAGCUCUACGAGGAGUUCAAAGCGAGGCCACACUGGGGAAAGAAUAAUCGCCUCAACCAGUCUAAGAUCGAGGAGAUCUACCACAAGGAUAGCCUGAAAAAAUGGGGAGAAGUGUAUAAGAUAUUUAACAAAGGAGGCCCGUUUGAAAAUCGCUUCACAAAUAAAAUGGGUUUUGCCGAGUUGUUUGAUCAUCCUAUCGACGAGCAGCCUUCUGCCUAAGAAGUAACGUCUUUUUACCUUUCAUUGUCGCUCUUAGAUUCUUUCGCGCGUAGGAAGAAGCGCAGUAGUUUAGGGGUAGAAUUCUAGAAUAGACUAGACUAAACUAGAAUAACCGAAGACUACGAACACUAAGAUGGAAUCAUUCCAUUUAAGAAUCAUCCUCUAGAGUGUCUUACAUUAUAAAUGUAGACCAUCCGAGCAAUGUAUAAACAUUUAUGAUUUGACUGAGCUAGCAGGAAAUUUAGAUUUAUAACGGAAUUCAACUUUAUAACUUGACAAAUCUGACUAAAUAGAAUAGUGAGUAACUCAGGCCGUCAGGAGUGCCGGUAUCUGGCACAGUGUGACAGAGUGCGAACAAGGUCUUAAAAACAACAGCCUCAUCGUUUGCGGCAUCUUUUAUGUAACUCUGUGGUAGAUAAAGGAAGUGUUCCAUUUUUUUUUUUUGGCCUAAUUAUUCAUAGGCAGCAGUAAGUUCAUCGCCGUACUUCAAAGAAGCCGAACUAAAUACAUAAAUUAUUUUAAUGUAUUUUUCAUGCUGUUUUUACUCGAGGGCAUGCGCAAAGUAGUGUUUUGCAGAAGUAAAAUGGCGUCCGUGGCGAUCAGUUGCGUGGCUGCGACCGAUAUAUUUAAUUUACAGUAUGCUCUGCUGGACAAAUAUGGCUUGGCCGCAAUCGAGGGAGUUUUUUUGUGGAACGCUGACUUUCUGGGAUAAAUGUUCACAUGAAGGACAAAUCCUUUCAUAAUUGACACACUUAGAUACCCUAAUAAAACCGAAAGAGCG